UCUCUAGUGACUUCGAUCCCUUCUCUUAUAUUCGCUUUGUCCAUUUUUUUUCUUCUUCAGUCUCAGCUUUUGUGUCCGCAGUGCCUGCUCAUGUUGCAGUCGCUGGUCGUUCUGUAACAAUUGCUAUUCCUGUUGACUCGAUGACCUCUCGUGCGCAGCAGCCUCCAGUGAACUUGAAGGAGCGUAUUGCCGCUCUUCAGCAGCGGAAUGUAUCCCAAACGCAGAGGCCCUCAGUGCCUUCCUUAUCAGUAAACCAGCCUACGGUACCCUCGGGUGGUCUACGGGAUAAAAUCGCGAAAUUCGAGCAGAAGGGAGGAAUUCCUGUACCUAGAGGGAGUUUCGGUUUGGGUGCGCCUCCGACUGCAGAGAGUAAGCAGACAAGAAAGAAAGGCGAGCUGUAUGGGAACCGCAUUCCUUCCGCUGUGCGAGUAGCCAGUGGAAGUAGCGCGCCUCCUAUGAGUCGUUCCACAUCACCUCUCUUCUCUUCUGGAGGAAGAAAUUUUUCGCUGUUGGGAUUGGAUUACGAUGAUUUUUCGGACGCUGCGGAUUCACCAAGGGACAGUCAAGCACUUCGCUCUUUAUCCCCUUCACCAACUCCAGAUGAUACACUAGAGAACUCGCGAGCUUUCAGAUCCAAAUCUCGGAGCACAUCAUUCGCGGCCGCUCUUGACAUAGCUCGUCGAGCAGAGGCCUUAUCCGAGCUCAACGGUGGAGGCGACACGUAUUCUCGCGAAUGUUCUCUUUCGCCACCAACCUCUCCCAUACCGGGGUCAUCUCUUUCAAGUAUGGACAUGGACGAGCAUGACACACCGGUGAUCGUGUCUGACGGGUCUUCGUCUCCUCAAGAGGACGCGCUGUCGGCAGUGGAUGAGCCCUGUGUCACGGUUUCACCUUCAGACAUCGCUGAGGAUUCACUAGCCUUGUCGGAUCUAACGUUAGACAACUCGUCUCUUCAAGAGGAUGCGCUGUCGGCAGUGGAUGAGCCUUGUGUCACGGUUUCACCUUCAGACGUCGCUGAGGAUUCGCCAGCCUUGUUGGAUCUAACUUUGGACAAUUCCGAGACAGAUGCCAACUUAAAUACCACUGCUAGCAGCAUGGACUCCUCGGAUUUGACAGACAUUUCUUUACAGAGCGCAGACGCUCCGAUGGACAAGCCUGAUACUCCAACUCCUGCAGCACCCAUUGAGCUCGAGCGGUCACAUUCUCCAGUGCCCUUUGCCACUUUGCCAUCGCCACCGCCACCACCCGUCAUAUGUGUCACUGAUGAUGUCGGAACUCAUACUGAAGUGGCAUCCGAUCUAGCAAACGCUGCAAAUGAAGAAGACUCGUACAUUAAUGUCAAUAUCAAUGCAUCGGCCGGCGUCGCAGCCCCCGAACUUGAUCAUCCUGGCGCUAAUGAUGUGAUACUUUAUGAUCGGGUCUCUGUUGAGGUAUCAGAGCUACCACAGUACCAGCUUUUACGGACGCCGGAUACCGCUGCGGUUGAGCAACAUCGUGUCUCUUCUUCACCUGAGUCAUCGCGUCCGGGCAGUGUUGCUAUGGCCAGUCGCUCAGCCGAGUCUAUCCUGGCCUCAGUUGAAUUCCUUGAAGCUGGGAACGCUUAUAUGGAGAGGGAUCAUACAGAGUUGAUCCCAAUACCGGACUCUCCAUUUGUUAUAAAUUCACAUGACGCCGAGUCCACUCCUGUCCCAUCCCAACCAUCGUCUCCAGCUCGUGAAUCUUUCUCACUUCCCAUGCUCAUGAAUCCUUUGCCUCGCCCUGUGAGCAUGAUAGAAACUAGUCCCAGUCACAUCACUACUACCCAUCGCAAGACCAAUAGCGGUACGCAAGCAUCGAUCCAACCUUUUGAAUCCUCUCCUUAUCCCACCGAAACCGAAUUCGGUGAACUAACAAUGCACAAACUUUCCCACUCAUUUUCGCGUCUGCGCACUGAAUCGGGGCCGGUAACAUCUGGAGAUCCAUCAUUCUCGGCUGUUGUGCAUGGGAAAGUGAGAGAGGUAGCGACGCUACCUUCAAGGACACUUUAUCCACCGUACACACCACAGAUGAAUAGGAUUAAACGCACCGUGGCAGUAGAACCGCCUCUCAGUCCAGGUUCCGGCGAAUUGGCAUUGCUGCUCAAAAAUGCUGCUCUUCUAGAACGUUCAUUGAUGAACGGGGAAUUGCCAAGCGAGGUCGGCUACGAGGACAAGAAGAGAGUUGUUUCUACUCCCGAAAAUCCUCAGCAUGUAGAAGAGACGAAGGCAGCGGAAAUCAGGUUACCCCGUGUUCUUGGAAAAGACGAGCCAGUAAGGCGAAAACGCAGCUUUCGCGUGCCGCAGGUCCUUGCUCGAAACAAGUCCAAAACUCGAGAUGGCGCUAGCAAAACCUCCCAGGACUCUGUUGUGGAACAGGGUGAGGCCAUUUCUUGUAAUGGCCGAGCAACGUCAGGUCCCGACUCUGAUCAGACUUGUUCGACGUCAGGCCACAUCCGACAUGGUUCUGGUAGUGUUUUAGACGUGACACCAGAGGCUGAUCGUCCCCCGACGCCGCCACCAAAGUCUCCGCGUUCCAAAUACCUGGCCAGUUUCAGAAAACUAGCAAGCGCAUCUCGUUCCUCCACCUUUCAUGAUGCGUCGCGUCAGAGCGUCUCUUCUGAGAUUUCAUCCGACGAUUCUCUUCCGGUCGUCACUCCUCCCGAUAUUAGCCCCGACUUAGCUGAGUCGGAAACUAUAAGACCAGGGACUGGAACUGGUGUAGGAUUUAGGGCCUCUGCACCGAGUGGUAUAGUUUGGCCUUCAUUAUCUCCAAAGAAAAAUGGGAGUAUCAAUAGGGCAUCAUCCUUUGCAGAGAAGAUGUGGCGCCGAGGGAGGACCAAGUCGACUAUCAGUAUCGCCAGUACGACUGACAGUGACGAUCGUAGCACAUUGGGUACUAUCAAGAGCGUACUUCCUCGAUUGAAUCGCAAACCUUCUGCCCCUGCAAUCUCAAAGACAACCACGGGUGCUACACAAUCUUCGUCGCCUCAGGAUAACAUCAUAGUACCUCCCGUGAGGUCUCAAUCUCUACGUUCGCUCCACUUCGCUUCGCAAAGGCCACCUCUACCCCCGCCGGGCACCAUGCCUCCUUUGCCCCAUGCAUAUUCGGAUCUCCUCGCUCUCCCAGGCGCGUCUCAACAAUCAAAAUUUGAUCAUGCCUUGGGCUCACAUCAGGGGAGCCAUGGCUCUACCAGCACCCCUCCCCGUCCUGUUUCAUGGGCGACAGUAUCUUCAAAUGUUUCGUCACCUUCUACUCUUCUUGAUAGGGAACUCUUCGAUGCAUUCCCUUCGGUACCUCAGAACCUACCCUCUCAUUUACCCCAAGGCUACGCGGUGGGGCUUUCAGUAUCAGAAUCGGAAGGCGGCUGGAAAACGCCUACCCAAAUUAAUCCUCAUCCAAUCCCCGAACAGAGUGCAGCCUCUAUCGAUCGGUCAAAUACUAUUCGUAGACCUCGGACGUCAACAGAGACCUGCAAGCAGAUAUCUACGGUAACUUUGGACCAGGGAUUGGACGAUUCUAGUUAGUUAUUUCACAACACACACUUCGUGCUAUUUUCGGUUGCUCUCGUAAUUUACCACUGUAAUAUAUUCAUUUUGGAAGUUAAUGAUAGGAGGUUCAGAAAGAUAAUCAGCGC